UUCUUACCAAACUUGUAUCACAUCCGGGUAUCAAUCCUGACCCCCUCCGCAUCACCUCAUCCCAACCAUCAGUGACAUAGUAUACACAACCACAUCUCCACCCUAACCUACAAGGCUACAACACCAUGCCAGUUGCAUCCCUCUACCUCCUCUCCCUCACCACCUCCGCAACCACCUUCCUCCACGCCCUCCGAACCACCCGAACCAUCCUCCUCAGCUCCCGACCCCGCCACAUCAUAAUUCACCCCACCAUCCUCGACCCCGCCAUCCUAACCACCACCCCCUGGGACCUCCUCAUCCUCAUCCAACCCCCCUCAUCCCCAAACACUCCCCCCAUCCCCCCUCCCCUCCACUCCCUCAUCAAAACCCAAUACCACCUAACAAUAGGCAUCCCCUCCAACCUCCUAACCACCUACGCCACCCGCAAUGCCUCCCUCCAGCACUCCGCCCCCUCCAUCCCCCUCACCGGCUCCCUAGACCACGCCCGUCGCAACAAUCCUAACCCAAGCGCCCAGACCCUAGACCUCUCCCCAUUCCUCCUCUCCUUCAUGGACGAGCUCACCCUCCAACACCCCGGCCCCGUGACCAUGCUCAACCUCCUCCACUUCCACCACCCGGAUGGCAAAAAGCGCUACUAUCAAUACGGCCAAGCGUUUAUCCCAGUCGCAGGGAAACGCGGCGGGAAUGCAAAGAUAGUGGGGAACGUCGUGAAACCCAAAUCCGCAUCUGAUGCUGCUAUGGGGCCGGUGGAGGUAGAUUCCCGAGGCGACUGGAGUCGAAAGGAAGAAGAGUGGUGGAAUGAAAUUUCCAUCGUGCAUUAUCCGUCCAUUCGGCAUUUUUGUGAUAUGCUUGCUGGGGAGGAUUAUCAGGAGAUUAAUGAGAGGUUUCGGGUGGCGGCGUUUGAGGGAUACGUUUUUGUUGUGUACGACCGAGUUGGAGGUGGAAGGGGAGGUGGAGGUGGAGGUGGCGGGGGCGAAGCUUUGAUUGUUGAGUUGGUGUGUGAGAUUGUUCUGGUGAUGGGCGUUGUGACUUUUUAGUGACUCCUCUACGGUUGAGCUUGGAUUCCUCGGAUGAAGUAAGCUUCUUGACUUGAUGAAUAGGUACAAAGACAGUGCCAUCCGUGUAUAUACCCCAAGAGUAGAC